CAGGUCAAAUGUCACGUGACCCUUCUCUUACCUUUUGCCUUUUGGCUUCUUAAAAUAGAAUACAAGAACCAAUCAAAAAUCGAAUGCCGAUCGUCGAAUUUGGGCAUAUAGGAGGAAUAGCAUCGAUGCAUUGACUUAUUUACUUUCCUUUUUUGGCAAUACACCUCUACUCCCGUAAUAGAAAGCUCUGCACUCACCAUCUACACACCUGAAGAAGAAGAACAAGAUCCGGUUUUUCAGAAUCUUUCUUUCUUCCUUGAAUGUUGCCGUUUGGAUCGUUUCCAGAGAAAUGCGACGGCGGAGGAAGGCGGUUGUGGUGGCUGUGAUACGGAGAGCGCUUACGUGCGCCAUAUGCGCGAUAGCGUUACUCGGCUUUCUCACCGUACACAUCUACGUUGCUCCUCUGAACAGACUCCCCAGGCUUCACCUGAACAACCACCACCACACUCGCCGAGGAGGUUUCAUCAAUUACGAACAAUCCAUCACAGAACAGAGCUCGACGAGAAACCUGUCUCGUUCGGAACCCAUUGAGGCUAAUUUCAUCUCCAAUCCUAAGAAGAAUGAGAUUCCGUAUGAGACUUUAACAUCGGAACACAUCAACAACACACAUGAGCUAUUUCCUCCUCAUAUCUCGACAAGCCCUUCUUCUUCCAAGUUGAACAUGACAAGCCGGAUACCGGAUUUUGACAAGCUUUGGAAACAUCCACCAAACCGCAAUUUUGUCCCUUGUGUCAAUCCCAAUCCUAACUACAAAUCACCAUUGGAAUCUAGAGGCUAUCUUCUUGUCCACACGAAUGGCGGUCUUAACCAGAUGCGUGCUGGGAUAUGUGACAUGGUCGCUAUAGCCCGUAUUAUAAACGCGACACUUGUAGUCCCGGAGCUAGAUAAACGAUCUUUCUGGCAGGAUACUAGCAAAUUCUCGGAUGUAUUUGAUGAAGAUCACUUCAUCAAUGCUUUAUCUAAAGAUGUUACAGUCGUCAAGAAGCUUCCAAAAGGAAUCGAUGGACUCACAAAGGUGGUUAAGCAUUUCAAAAGCUAUUCAGGAUUGAGUUACUACCAAAACGAGAUAGCUAGCAUGUGGGAUGAAUACAAGGUGAUCCGAGCAGCCAAAUCAGAUUCUCGUCUCACAAACAACAAUCUACCUCAAGAUAUUCAGAAGCUGCGAUGCCGUGCUUGCUACGAGGCUCUACGCUUCUCUCAUAAAAUCGAAUCAAUGGGAAAAGUUUUAGUCGAUAGGAUGAGAUCUUAUGGUCUAUACAUAGCGUUGCAUUUGAGAUUCGAGAAAGACAUGCUAGCUUUCAGCGGCUGCAACCAUGGUUUAUCUGCUUCUGAAGCUGCUGAGCUAAGGAAGAUAAGGAAGAACACAGCGUAUUGGAAAGUGAAAGACAUUGAUGGAAGAGUACAAAGACUCAAAGGGUAUUGCCCAUUGACUCCAAAAGAAGUAGCAAUAUUGCUAACAGCUCUUGGAUAUUCAUCAAACACACCCAUCUAUAUAGCUGCUGGUGAGAUUUACGGCGGUGAGUCUAGGUUAGCUACUCUAGGCUCACGUUUCUCCAUGUUAAUGAGUAAGGAAAAAUUGGCAACAAAAGAAGAGCUCAAGCCUUUUAUGAACCACUCAACUCAAAUGGCUGCACUUGACUACAUAGUUUCCGUAGAAAGCGAUGUUUUUAUUCCUUCGUAUAGUGGAAACAUGGCGAGAGCUGUUGAAGGGCAUCGCCGGUAUCUUGGUCACCGGAAAACUAUCUCUCCGGACAGGAAAGGCAUUGUGAGGUUGAUAGACAAAAUAGGAAGAGGAGAUGAGAAAGAUGACCGGAAAGUGUAUGAAAGAAUCGUAGAGAUUCACAAAACUAGACAAGGAUCACCAAGGAGGAGAAAAGGACCGGCUUCAGGAACAAAGGGUUUAGAGAGACAUCGCUCUGAAGAAUCUUUCUAUGAGAAUCCAUUACCGGACUGUCUCUGCCAGAGAGACCAGAGUAAAACGAGAUGAUGGGACAUGAUGACAAGUGGAUUUAACAGUCCUUGUGGGAUUUUCGAUUUUUCCAUGCUUAUUGGCAUUGGAUGUUAACUUUUUUCCUUACUAUAGGUUAUAUAGCAUUAUAGUGAAAAGUGAAAACCACUUCUGAUUUAUGAAUGAUAUAUGUAAUCAAACAGUUUGGUAAUGAAUGAAAUAUACCAUUCUUUUAACA